UUGGACUUUUUGAAACUACAGACACGGAUUCUGAAACACAUUUACGUCACGCAGCGGAUAAAAUAAACAGCAAUAAGACAAUCUUGCCCAAAAUGCGACUAUCAACCCACAUUAUCAGGAUACAGCCAAAUGAUAAUUUCCACGUUGGUAAAAAGGUGUGCGGCCAAAUCGACGUCGGUACUUUGGCAAUCGUGGGUCCACAUAUUCCGUCCAAACUUCCUGUGGUUCAAUCCACCUGUACCACCAUGAACGUUCCCCACUUGAGCACAGCGCCACCUACUGUCAAACAGGUGCCUCACAGGAGUUAUACUUUACAUUUGCAUCCACCGGAUAGUGCCUUAAGUAAAGCCUACAGAGACUUUGUGAAAUCGAGAGGCUGGAAGUCCUUCACCAUCAUUUAUAAAGACGCCAGAU